UAGAGAGUAUAGUAGUGGAGGAAAUCAUUCUCGUAAAUCACCCGUGUAAUUAACAUUUGUUGUUCAUUAUUUGAAUGUAAAAUCAUUUAAAGGCAAUAAAAAUAUCGGCUACGCAAAGUAACAAACGAAACGAUAAGAAAGGAGCAGAAAUGCGCGAAAAGUAUAUCCAUAAAACUUUUCCUACAUGCGGAUGAUGGCAUUCAUGACAGUGGGUGGACUCCGAGUGGUUGCUCACCGUGAAGAUGGCAGACGUGACAAAUGAUUCAACUCGACGUCUUGUUUCGAAGAAACAGACUCUAGACGACGCCUAUGCAGCUCCUGCGAACUUCCUAGAGAUCGACGUUGUGAAUCCCAUCACCCACGGCGUCGGGAACAAGAGGUAUACGGACUACGAAGUGCGAAUGAGGACAAAUUUACCUGUUUUUAAAGUGAAGGAAUCCAGCGUACGAAGGCGAUACAGUGAUUUUGAAUGGCUAAGAAAUGAAUUGGAAAGAGACAGCAAGAUUGUUGUUCCUGCUCUCCCUGGGAAAGCAUUGAAGCGACAGUUACCCUUCCGUGGUGACGACGGCAUAUAUGAAGAAGAAUUUAUUGAAGACCGACGCAAGGGACUUGAAGUUUUUAUCAAUAAAAUUGCAGGACAUCCUCUUGCACAGAAUGAAAAGUGCCUACACAUGUUCAUUCAAGAACCAGUCAUUGAUAAGAAUUAUGUGCCAGGCAAGAUCCGCAACACGUGAACCAGCUAAGUCCCUCUACAAGUGACCAAGAUAGAAUCUUUGUGUAAUAUCCGAUAUACAUUAUUGAUGUACCGUGGGUGAUGCUCAGAUCUCUUUGACAUGAUGAUGGGGGAUACUGUCCCAUUGUUGUUACCCUUCUCAUCUUUUCUCUCUCUCUCUUUUUCUCCUACUUUCCCUCUCUCUCUCUCUCUCCCCACCUCUCUACUGUAGGCUGCUUGCCUUGGAACAUUUGAUAUGUUCAAGUAGCCAGCUGACUUCCCAAUCUUGUGUAUUUUUAUCCACUAUUUUGCUUUCUAAAGCAUUUCAUUACUUUCUAGGUUAAAUAUACGCAUAUGGUAUAGCCAUAAUCAAUAAUUAAUAUUUACCGGAUCUACUUUGUUAAAAUAGCUUGAUUUUCUUGAAAUAUAAAACCACAAAAUUAAUAAAAAAAAAAAAAAUAAUGGAAAAAAACAGGGGUUUUUAAUAGUCGGAUCUAUUUUUUGUACGUCCCACCUGAUUACGGCUUGGCUUGUUUGGAUAUCUGCUCGUAAUUUAAUUUUCAAAGGUCAAAGUACUAAGAUGGUUACUCUAUCCUUACCUAUCUCUUUCUGCCUAAUCUUUCCUUGUAUUUAAUCUUGUACUUUUGAUUUAUAGUAUAUACAGCAAUCUAUGGUCUAUUUGAAUUUUGGUAUUACGUAAAUUGUACUAAGUAUUAGUGCAUGAAAUGUUAUCAAAAGUAUGAUUGUUAGAUACACCUGCUUUCAGUCUUAGGUGCUUUGCCACUGCUUCAAUGGGAUGUGUUUGCUGUUGAGUUGUCAGUCAUGUUUUCACAAAGUAGAAUCCUGUCUUUUGAUCUUAUCUUCAAGUAAGUUUAUCCAUUGUUGCACCUCUGUGUGCUUACACACUGUAUAUUUGAUUAAGCUGUACACUUGUAAUAUUCCAGCUUAAUUGCCUAGCUCAUCCUGUACCUAUAAAGAUUUAAUUUUUUAAGGUGAAUGGAAAAGUAUGAAUGAAUAAAGAGUUAGUGUUGUCUAAAAGGAAUUCUGUUAAAUAAGAUAUAUUAUCUACUCUAGUUAUAUAAUAUAAGCCUCAGUCCUUCAUAUAUUAUUUACUAUUCUGGAAUCAAACUUUUUAACACCAUAUCCUCUCAUACAGUAUAAAUUAAGGUAGCAUAUAUUUUGAAUAUCAGAAAUUUUUGGUCACAUUUGAAGGUUUUGGGAUCAAUUAGCAAGUACUCAUGAAUGAACGUGAAUUUAAGAAUUACUAGUAUCUUGUGGCAUUAUUAUGAUUAAAAUGCAUCUCUUUGUAAGAGGAGUUUACACCGUUGAGAUUAAUGGCCAUUUUUUGUGCCUUUCGUGUGAUAGCAGCAGUCACUUGAAGCGAGUUAUUUCUGGGUACGUACUCUUCUCACCCAGACCUUCAUUUGUGGUGCUUAAUGAUGUAUUUUUUAUUUUCCAUGAAUUUUUCUCUUGCUAAGUAUGUCUUUGGAAAGGCUUUGGCCAUUUCUUUUGUUUAAUUGCUCUAAUUUAUUAUUUCUCCACAUUGAAAAUUGUAUUUUGAUCAUGUUAAGGUUGUCUUUUGUUAUUCUUGGAUAACUGAGGCAAAAAUCUGAACAAAAUGUGAUAUGCUGUCAGUGAACUUUAUCAAUAAAUAUCACUGUGAUUA